AUGCCAAAGAAGGACGAAGAAGAGGGUGAGGACUCUGUAUCAAUAACUGAUGAUGUAAAAGGAGCUGAUUAUUAUCAUGGAUUGAUACCGCGUACCGAUAUCGAACCAUUGUUGAAAAAAGAGGGCGACUUUUUGUUGCGUAAAACUGAGCUCACUCCUGGUGAGAUAGUGCUUGCGAUCUCGGUACGACACAACAAUGCCGUACGACAUUUCAUGGUGAAUCAAGACCAAGAUGGUUCAUUUUAUUGCGAGCAUCACCAUGAAAAAAGCGUAUCUGAUCUUAUUCAAUACUACAAAACGACGAAGGAACCACUAUCUGCUUCCAGCCAAGCACGUCUUCGUCGGCCCAUCGAGCGACCGCAAUGGCUUCUGAAUCAUGACUCCAUUAGACUUGUCAAAAAACUCGGAGAAGGUGCAUUUGGUGAGGUAUUCCUUGCGGAAUAUGCGUUUGGAACGGAAAAACAAGAAGUGGCAGUGAAAACGAUGCGUCAGGAAGCAACACGUGAAGCUCGAUUGAAAUUUAUGAAGGAAGCGAGACUGAUGCGUCGCUAUGAACACAAGCACGUAGUUCGAAUUCUUGGAGUAGCUGUACACGAGCAUCCACUAAUGAUUAUUAUGGAAAAUUGUCCUGGUGGAUCUUUACUAUCGUAUUUACGAAAAGAGAAGGGAAAGGUAACAUCAGCCAUGAAGCUACGUUUUACGAUCGAAGCAGCGGAUGGGAUGGCUUAUUUACACAAACAGAAAUGCAUCCAUCGUGAUAUUGCUGCACGUAAUGUUUUGCUAAGUGGCAAACUUGACGUGAAAAUUAGCGAUUUUGGCAUGUCUGAUGAUCGACUUAUCGUACAAGAUGAAAAAUUGGAAAAGGUACCGGUCAAAUGGUUGGCACCAGAAACGAUGCAACAAAAAGUUUACUCGAAUAAAACUGAUGUCUGGUCCUAUGGUGUACUUGUCUGGGAAAUUUAUUCUGAUGGUUCGGAGCCUUAUCCAGGAUUGAGUAAUAUUCAAACACGUGCAAAAAUUGUCGUGCAAAAUUAUCGGAUGGAAAUGCCCAAGGAAGCGCCAUCUGGAGUGACCAAAUUAGUCCAACAGUGUUGGGCUAAAAAUCCUGAAGAACGACCAGAAUUUAGCAAAAUAUUCAAGACUCUAAAAAGUAUGAAGACUUGA